AUGACGAGAAGAGCACAGAACCUCAACUCCUUGGUUCGUGGAAGAAUCAGACCUUCCAUGAACAAGUAUAACUUGUUCAACCUUUACAAAAAGAGCAAACCAAAUUUCAGGAUCAUGACAUUGUACCAACAAAAAUGGGCUGCAAAACAAGAAACCAGAGCUUAUCAUGGUGAACAUAUCAAGGAAAAGAGAUGGCAAACACUAUUUGAGAAAAAGUUAAAGGGUGUUGCACAAUUAGAUGCUUCCUUGAAGGGUAAUGUCCCACCCACUCCAAUGGUGUUACAAACGUUUGCUGCAUUAGAAAAGAGAUUGGAUUAUGCGGUUUUUAGGGCUUUAUUUGCAUCGUCUGUUAGACAAUCUAAAAAGUUCAUUUUAAACGGACAUGUUAAAGUCAACGGUGUUGUAAUUAAGCACCCCAGCUAUACCUUAAGUCCUGGUGAUAUUUUUUCUGUUGAUCCAGAUAGAGUAUUGGAGGCUUUGGGUGCAAAGAAACCAAGUUUGAAAGAAUCUUACAAAAUUGAUAAAUUUCAAGUCAUCAAGUGGCAAAACUACGUCAAUGAGGUGAAGCAAAAUCCAAGAAAGGUUUGGGAGAAGAAAAUGGAUAAGCAAAAGAAACUGGCUUCUCUUUAUAAAAAUUUGGAAGUUCCAGGCGUUCUAACAGAAAACUCGUUUGUCUCUACCGAUAUUGAACAGAGAAAAAAGAAUAUGCAAGACUACAAAUUGAAAAAGAUGAAGGAAAUCCAAAACUCAAUUGAUAGGAAAUCAGUUUUGAAGGAUAUAAUAAGAACAAUUCCCUUUGAUUCAACUACUCCAGUGGAAAAUCCAGACUCUUUCAAGGAACAGUUCGGUGAUAAGCUUGCUUCUAAAGCUUUGCAAAUUUAUCAACAGCUUCCAGCUAAGAUUACUAAAAUAGGAACCGACAAGGAGCUAAUGGAAGAGAUUAAUAAAAUCAUUCCAACUUUCAAAGACGGAAAGCCAGUAGGUGAAGUUUAUGAGGAUUCAAACUUUAAAAAGAUUAGAGCUUUAGUGUCUGAAUUACAUACCGAAUAUCUAGAAAAGAUCCGUGUUGAUUUCGCUGAGAAACCAUUAGCAGAAGACGAAUUGAUUAAGAUCUGGAGUGACAACUUGAAGAAACAUCCCCCAAUCCCACCAUUCAGCGAAGUUGAAGAGAAGGGUGGUUAUUUCUUGAGACUACCAUGGCAAAAGGGUAUGUUUGGUUUGGCCGAUCCAUCAAAGUGUUACUUUACCCCAUGGAAACCAAGGCAAUUUCUUCCUGUUUUUGCGGUCUUACCUAAGCAUCUUGAAAUUUCAUUUCCUACCUGCCAUGCAGUUUACUUGAGAGAUCCAGUUGCUCGACCAGGUGAAUCUGAAGUCAUUUCUCCUUUUGAUGAAGAUAUCCAUGAAAGAUCUUACAUGUACUAUGUCAAGAACGGUAUGUAA